AUGUGUAUAUAUAUAAAUAAAUAUUCUUUUAUUUCUUGCCUGCUUCAAAACAGUUCAAGCAUUUAAACAGCAGAAAUUAAUAAACUGAGAGGGGAAAGCGGAAUAUUUUAAGGUUUAAAGAUGGGUGUAGGAACUGAAAAAGAAACUUGCAUGUCUUCAGAUUUAUUCAAAAGAUUUUUCAAUCUCAGUUCUAAAAUUAGUUCAAAUGAAGAUGACUGGAUAUACGAUGAAGAACCACACUGUUCACGACGGAAAGAGAUUCUACGUAAACAUCCUGAAAUAAAGAAAUUGAUGGGGUACAACCCUAAAAUUACUUUCAUUGUUGUCCCAGAGGUUUUGGUACAAAUUCUAGCCUGUUGGUAUCUAAAGGAUGCUUCAUGGCUUACGAUCUUUAUAUUAGCCUACAUCUUUGGUGGAGUAAUUAACCAUUCCCUUGGAAGUGCUAUCCAUGAAAUUGGUCAUAAUCUAGCUUUUGGACACCGUCGACCAAAAGCAAAUAGGAUUUUGAGUAUAUUCUGCAACCUUCCACUGGGGAUUCCUAUGGCUCUUUCAUACAAGAAAUACCAUUUGGAUCACCAUAGAUAUUUGGGUGAAGAAUUCAUGGAUGUUGAUAUCCCGACUCGUUUUGAGAGUUACAUGUUCCAGAAACCAAUAACAAAAAUAAUUUGGCUUAUUCUGCAUCCCAUAAUCCAUGCACUUCGCCCUUUCUAUAAAAGUCCGAAACCCCUCAAUGAAUGGGAAAUGAUGAAUGGCUUAAUUCAAAUACUAUUUGAUGUAUGGAUCUAUCAACAGUUUGGCUUCAAAUCUAUUACAUAUCUUGUUCUGGGAACAUUUAUGGCAAUAGGGUUCCAUCCAUUGGCUGGUCACUUCAUAUCUGAACAUUAUCUGUUUAGUGAAGGAGUUGUUGGCAAGCAUCAAGCAACACAUUCUUACUAUGGUCCUCUCAAUAUUGUCCUAUUCAAUGUAGGGUACCACGUGGAACACCAUGACUUCCCCUAUAUUCCUUACAAUAAAAUUGCUAAAGUAUCCGAAAUGGCCCCAGAAUUUUAUGAGCAUUUACCUUAUCAUACAUCAUUGUUGAAAGUGCUUUGGGACUUUAUAUUUGAUGAGAACGUUGGUCCUCAUUCGAGGGGGGUUGGCUAUUUGAAAUAUAAAGAUCUUAAAUCUUCAUAGAUUUCAUACACAAUGUUAUAAAUAUGAAAACUCCUUGGUGGAGCUCAAGAGAAAAGUGUUUAGCAGACAUGUUCCUAUCUGGAAGGGAAAAAAAGUUUUUAAAAAAGUAAAGAAAAAGACAGCAACCAAAAAGGAAUUUUAAGUAUUUUAAACAAAAAUAAUUUAAACAAAAAAAAAGAAUUCUGCUUGUCAUCCUAUAAGGAUACUGGAGAUAGAUGAGUCAACAGAUAGUCAAACUUGAUUCUUUGCAGUGAUAAUCAUUGACAUUGUUUUAUAUUUCUUCUGCAUUGAUGAAAUAAAUACCAGACAUACUUUGGGAUCAAUCUGAUAAAAUCUGUCUCUUCCUCCAGAAAGAAAAGUGAUCUGUUGCCUCAUCAAAAGAAAGUUUAAUUGUUGUAUAAAUAUUCUGCCCAAGAUUUUUUUGAUGCCUUUGAUUAAAUAUUACAAAGCCUGAUAAAUAAUUGCAACUUGUUAAAUCUAAACCACAAAUCUGAAGAAACUUCAUUUACUAACAUAAUGCAAACGAUAAUAAUACUAAUUCAAUAAUUAUGAAAUAAUAUUUCAGAGUUGUUGUGUUGUUGUAGCUCAUAAGAAACUCUGGAUGAAAUAUUUCUUCUAAAAAAGAUGUGGAAGAUUAGCAAAGCCACUGGAGCCUCAGAAGAAUGUGUAUGAGGUUUAAUUAAUCCCCUCAAUCUCUAUGUGCUGAGUUCAACUCAUGCAAACGUCACCUUUCCCAAAUCAAUAAAUUAACAACUGGUCAAAGGAUCCUGUAGAUCAGUGGUUCUCAACCAGGGUCCGCAUGACUGUUUGGGGUCCAAUUGACCCUUGGAGUUCACAUGACCCUUAAGGGCCCGUAUAAGAUUUUGUUGUUAAAAUUUAUCUGCAAUAAAUUUGUUAUAUUUCUACAAUGUACAAAAUAUUUGAACAAUUUUCUUAUAAAAUUCUUCAUAAUGCAUAAUAAAAAUAUAUGAAGGUUUUUAAACAUGGAUUAGCUGUGAGGGUCCGGUGGCAUAAAAUAAUAAUCAAAGGAGUCUAGAAGUAAAAAAGGGUUGGGAACCCCUGCUAUAAAGCAUCCUAGAUGUGGAUGGAUUUAUAAGAGUAAAAUGAAAGCAUUUCCUUUGAUAUUCAUACAUUCCAAAUAACCCUGUACAUCUUUUUUUUUUCAGCUGAAUAUAGUUUAUUUUGUGCUUGUUUAAUACCCAAACAUCUCCACUUCAUUUUAUCUAAACCUUGUUAUUGUUAAAGCUUGUACAUCUCCAUUUCAUCGUCUCACUUCUUCUCCCUCAGCUUGUUUUUCUUUCUUCGGUCAACUCUCAUUCAUCUCUAGCUCAACUUUGCAUCCUAUUUUCUGAUUCACCUCCAGUGGACAUCAGCCAGUUAUCAACUGAACAUCGUACCAAGAACAAAAAAAAA